UCGGCGUGGGUUCCGAUGAAUAUUUUGUUAGCGUGGGUAGAUUGUUAAUUAUUUACACGGAAUUUUAUCAAAAAGUGCACCAGUACGGGUCGUUACAACAAUAAUAUAGACUGCAGUAUGGUAAUCGGCCUGUUGAACCUUCAAGACAAAAACUGAGAAAAGCACCGGACUCCAAUAUGUCGCAGCAGUAUAGUCUACGGUGGAAUAACCACCAGCCGAACUUUAUAUCUAUGUUCACGACCCUAUUGAAUACUCAAACUCUCGUGGACGUAACUCUCUCGGCUGAUGGAAAGCAACUGCUCGCACAUAAAGUUGUUUUAUCUGCGUGCAGUACUUAUUUCCAAUCGCUGUUCGUUGACAAUCCGUCUCCACAUCCGAUAGUCAUUCUGAAGGAUGUGACGUAUGCCGACCUGCGCACUAUGGUCGACUUUAUGUACUGUGGGGAGGUGAACGUCACUGAGGAACAGUUGCCCAAGGUCCUGGACACAGCCAAGCUUUUAAAAAUAAAGGGCUUAACGGAGAUGCCGGACUCCACGUCACUAACACGGUCCCAGGGCACUUCGGCCGAGUUCCAGAACCAGGGCGACUCCAUGGACUCACAGAGGCAAUCACCAGCUGCCUCUCCCUCCAACAAGCGCAGACGGCGAAGGAAAAGCUCGAGUGGUUCUACUUCACUAAACGUGGUAGAAAACGAGCAAGGCCGCGCUGACGUCGCCGCUCAGACGGUAGAUGCGAUCACGUUAAGCAGCGUGCCACAACAACGGCGCAUGCGCGAAUACCACGAAAUUAGAACUAUCGACAAUUCGCAACAGGUAGACGACACCACGGAACAGGACCUGAAUGUUGAGCAGAUUGGACUAGAGAACACACCCACAGCGAUACCACAAGCGACAGUGAUUGGGCUGACAGGACCUUACUCGCCAGUGGUGCCACCUGGAGGCCAAUGGACUAUGAUGGAGCAUUCGUAUCCGCGGUACACGAACGCGUGCUUAGGGGCGGGCGCGUUGCAGCAGGACCCUGGAAUGUACAUCAAUAAUGUGAUCAACCCGCACAUGGACGGCGACAUCAACUACGGCCAGAGCCUCGGCGUGGCCGGACCUUCCCCUGGCCCCUCCUGCGUCGACGUGCAAGCAGCACAGGAACCCAACCCCACGCCCACCCCCAAGCGACGACGAACUACCAACCCUCAAUCUGAGGAGAACUUCCAGAGGGCUUUAGAGGCUGUGCGUUUCGGAGGAAUAGGAUUUUGUAAGGCGGCUCGUAUGUUCGGUGUCAACAAUAGGACCUUAUGGCUCGAGUAUAAGAAAAAAGGAUACCCGAAUAACAGGCCCAGUAUUAAGAGCAGGAUCAAACGCGAGCACACGACGCCGCCGCCCGAGCACAAGGAGGAGCAACAACUGCCAGAACAACAGAUGGCGCUGGUGUGCCCGCAGCAUCAGGUGCCGCCCGGGUUCAUCGAGUCCAACGCCGCGCACGGGUUCCCCUUGCAGGGCGUGGCGCACAACUCUCCUCUCAACAUUCUGGGAGUGAAUUUCAACUCAAUGCAAUAGAACGCGGCCUGCGGCGUGUCAGCGGACGAGUCGUACUCGUUGUGACACGAGUGGCAAGGCGCGGACUAUGGGCACCACCAGCCCUACAUGGCGCCUUCGCCCUCGCAUGCCGCCCUCGCGCCGCCGCGCUAUGAGCACUUGUACAUGCAUCUCGCGUUGUAAAUAUUAGUUCGAACACGUAACGUACUUACUAUCGGUUUGGCUGUGGGCUUACAAGUCUUCACUUACUAUUCAUAUAUCUUGCGGAACUGAGACGUUUGCAUCGAUUAAGUACUGCUGCAUGUAUUGGGAUGUUUGAGUGACUUACAGAAUGGCCUGGUAUAUGGAUUUGUAAGUUAACGGUACUGUGACUGGGUUGUGUCGUCGUAGUUAUAGGCAAUAAAAUAAAAGCAAUGUUUUCCAUUUUAUAUCGAAACGGAUUUUUACGCAUUUUUGUGAUGUAGUGACGACACGCUCGAGUCCGACACAAUUUGAUGGGUCCUAAAGAACGAUAUGAAACUAACGAUAAAAUCAUAUAAUUAUGCAAUAAUCGUUGUGCCCUGAAACUUAAUAAUAAAUAGCAAUUUAUAUAACAUCAAUAUUUUUACUAUAUACAUUAAUGAAUUGAUGCCUCACACGUUCUUUAUGGCCCUGAUAAGGUAAGCGCCACAGCCGUAGAAUUGCCAUGAAAAAAAAAAAACGUAUUUUGUAGAUCUCAAUAGGACCGUAAGUUAUAAACUGUUCGGUAAACCAGUGUUUUUUACAAUUAAUAUAGUGCACAACCGUAGUGUUAUGUAUAGUCGUCGGAUCGAAUGUGAUAGCGAAUUUAUUAUUGUGUAACUCCCGCUUUGGUUGCAACACUGGAGACACAGUUUCAAUAAGUUCGUCAUUAUUCUUGCAAUAAUAUUAAUAAUGAUAACCUACGGUACUUUGAAUUAGUUGGCGUAACGAUACGGGUGUGUAUCGAUGUAUUAGUCCAUAUCAAAACAUAUUUUUGCAGCUAGUUGUGUUAUUGUAUCUAUGUCAGGAUAUGACGGUGGGUCGACUAGUUAUAAUUAAGUAAAUUCACGCGUACUAAGCAAGCGUACCACUGUUAGUGUAGUGUUAGUAGGUAUCGAUACUCGCCAAGUGCCACGGUAACGUUGUAGUUGCUCGAGUUGGCUCGUCAUGGGUGGAUGUAUACCAGUGAGCAAGUUCAAUGCCCUCGCGUCUCAUAGCUUGUUAUUCAACAGUUGUAUUUUACAUACAUAGCUGGUAAUUUUAUGAACUAUUUUUACACCAUUUUUUAUACCUUGACGUGCAUACAUACAAAGACAUGUAACAUGAAUAAUUGCGUGCUGCUAUUGUGGCAAACAAGUUCGUGGGGUAUCGAGAGGCAUGCAAAGAUUUAGUUUGUAAGUUCUGAGUGGCAGGUUACACACAGUUUUAUUCAUAACUACCUCUAUUUAUAAGUAUUUUAAUGAUAGACUGUUGGUUUGUUGAAUGGAACUUCAGGGAGGACAAUCGAAAAAACCAUUUCGCGUAGCAUUUUUUUAAUCUCUAUGUACACAAACCAGUACAUGGGUGGACUAAAUGCCGCAGGCAUUUUCUACGAGUCUGACAAGGAGGACUAUCGAAAAACAAUUUCGCGUAGCAUUUUUUUUAAUCUCUAUGUACACAAACCAGUACAUGGGUGGACUAAAUGCCGCAGGCAUUUUCUACGAGUCUGACACUUGGGUGAUAUAAUUAUUUCUGAUCAGAAAUAGUUCAGUCAGGAAAAGCAUUAAAGUGUUACUUCAACAAAUAAAAGACGUGAUCUUCCCAACACCAUUUAAUAAAAGAACAUUAUUUUGAAAGUACUUAAAAUAGUUAUCACAGUUACAACAGGCGCUCUUCCCGAGAUACUGCCCAAUGAGAGACUGGAUCACUGAAAGAAUGCAGUCUUUGUAAUAGGACGUUACUACCUAUUUAUUGGAUAUCCUAUAAAUUGUUGAAGUAACGGUGAAAUUCUUAAAUCGAGCUACUAAUUGUCUUGUCUCCUUGAAGUAGCAUUUACACAAUCAUGUGUAUAUAUUAUAAUAUGUAUGUUUUAUGAAUUCGUUCAGUAGUCACCUAAAUCAAAGUACCUAUAGUGUGAUUUUCAUACUAUUAUUUUGAAAGUGUGGUGGUGUGUCGACAUAGUAGUAUUGUAAAGAAGUAUCUGUUACGUGUGGCUUGGCCGUGGCGAGCCAUAGGGAGGGCGAAGUUCUCAGUAGGGUUGUGUUCGCAUGUGCUCAGUAGAUAGGUCACUCGUAUUACACGAAAUACAUAAUUACACACAUAUAGCCAUUUGGGCAUACGUAAUAAUCACUUGAUUGAUGAUCAAAGUUUCUAGUGUAGCUGUAAGUUUUUACAAUUUUCACUGUAAUCCUUUAUAAUGAUGAUUUGCUACCUCACGCCUACAAACUGUAGUGUGCAGGUACAAUAAUAGUAGAUCAAGAAAACCCAAAAAAUUAUGUUAGCUAUGACUCAUUUUGUACGUACUUUUCGUGCAAAUAUGUACAUCCAAUUAUUUUAUAAUAUGAAUAUUCCUGGAGAAUUUACUAUUAUUUUUUAAUUUCUUUAUUUAUCAGGUUUCAUACGAUAAAGAAACACACCGCCACUUCGGUUGUAUAACUUUUAUUAUACGAAUUUUGAUGAAACACCAAUUAUAUAUAAUGGUUUUUGAUUUAUACAAUUAUUAAUAUGGAAUGAUGAUUAUAUUUUUAAUAUUGAAUAACAGCCAGUGAUAUGAGAUGCCAGUAGUAAUAGUAAUACAUGAAAACGUUCAUAACCUUUUUGCAUUUACGUUGGACUGAUAAAAUUGCACAUAUCUUUUGUACGUGAUGUUUGCGUUACAUGUAGCGUGGAUGUGCCGCGCCGAGGUACGCCUGGCGUGACAACAAUCUCGCGUGAACAGGAACAAUAUUACCAGAGAUCUCUAUCGUGUAAAAUAAUUAGGUAUUAGAUCAUUAUGCAUUUAUAGGGUAAGUUACUGUUACUAGUUAGGCAUAAGCGGUGCCCGUGACGUAACAUGUAGGUUGUCUCGCGAGCGGAACUUGUCGUUUAUUAUAUAAUUGUUGUACGAUUUAUUCAUGUCUUCUUUGUUACGCAGGUUAUACUUGGGUACUGUUAUAUGACUGUGCCUAUUCCUCAUUAUUGUAGUAUUAAGCUUAACUUCACGUCACCAUAUACAUAUUGAAUGUGAUUUUACUAUGAUCUAUCAGGAAUUCUCAAUAAUAUCAUUGAGUCUGAUUGAGCUCGAUAUAAUGGCAAUAAGUUGAGUAUCGGUGUAAGAAUGCUUAGUAAGAAGACGCCGCAUUCAAUAAAGAAAGAUGGAACUGGCUAGCAGCUGUCUCACUCUUUCAUAAUUUGUUGAUUUUAUAUUACAUAUCUUGUAGUUUUUGUGCUCGAAUUCAAUGUUCCUUGACACUUUUUUCAAUUUGAUUGGUUUAUUGUUUACUUGUAGCUGUUACCUGCCGACCUGCCGUGUUGCUUAUGACGACAGUCGGUCCGCACGCGAGUACAAUUCGUGAUCUUGUUACUAACGUCAUUUAGAAGUAUUACUUUUUAUUUUUUUAAAUCAAUUAAGGAGUAUUAUAUUUUUAUAUUCGCCUAGAUUUACAACGAUAAUAACCAGUUUCGGCGUUUGCGAUCUCUGUUUUUAUAAUGAUUUUGACUGAUUUUUAAAAUAAUUUAGAAAGUUUUUCUCGUUUAGGCUGGCAACAUAGCUGCUUCGUUUCGGAGGUCAUUCAAAUUGUAAAUAUAAUAUGUAUAUAAUUGAAUAUGUAUCCCUGAAUGUUGCUCUGAAUAGCGUGUAUCUCGAAAGACUGCUCAGAAAUGGAAAGUAAAUGUUUUCUAAUAAUAAUAAUGACACUGAACUCUAUAAUCUGGAAUUAGGGCUUUUAUAAUAAGUAUGUAUGCAAACAGUAUUCUAUAUGCAAUGUUUUAGGUGAUUAUACAUUUAAAAUAAACCGCCAUAUAUUUCUAAUCUUUUUACGGAGGUAAAGCUCCUGAGUAUUGAACACUAUAUAGGUAACUAAGUCCAUAUUAAUAUAUGGAUCAAGUUAUGUUUGAAGUGUUGGAGUAUUGGUGUAUUGUUGUGUUUACUGUUUUUUUUUCCUCUUCGUUUAGUGUUCAGAUUAUAGAGAAGGAACUGCUCUCGCAUUUAUUUUGAUUUUCUCUCUGUUUUAUUAAAUAAGUGCCAUUCAAGGUGAUUUCAAAGUAUUAUGUUGGUCAAGAGGUAAUUGGCCGCGAAAUAUGUGUUACCAGAAGACAAAAAGGUUUUAGUUACAAAUCCUCAUGUGUGGGUGAUGUUAGACGUUGAUCAAGUAUUAUUUUUAGGUUAUUACAUAUAUGUAUACCACACUCUUAUUUAGAUUAUAAAUGUACAUUAAUGGGCCGUAGAUGGCAGGUGAAAGUAAUUAUAUUCCUGAAUUUUAUAUAUUAAAUAUCGAUUAUCAAUUCGCAAAUACAAUCAAAUAAAUAAAAUUAUUUUAAUUUCAAUUGACAUCAUGUCCGAAGACAGCUUUAAUAUGAAUCUAAUUUAAUAAUAAGAUGUAUUAAAAAGCAGCUGUUUUUAAACUUUUAUUUUUCGUAAACAAUUUACAAUGAUUUUACAUCACAAAAUGUAAUGUAUCAGUAUUCAUUUGUUUAGUUCGAAACGAACAAGUAUUUUAGAUCUUAUUUUUAUCUUUAGCGUCUGUCUAAUAUUACACCCACAUACGAGACAGUGAUUUUAUGUACCAGUGUUUUUCGAAAUAGUAAUUAUAAUCAGUAAUAUUAAAAUGUAUAUUACUAUAUUAAAUAAUUGUGGAUCGUAGAAAAGUCGACAGUCGUGGACAUGACGCUACCAUAAUACAGCAACCAAUACGCUUGUAUUUACAGUAUUGCAAGUAUUCUCAAUAUAUUUCUUAACUCGAUGCCUUAUAAUGCAGACAGAAAGCAAUAUUUUUAUAAUAAUAAUAAAUAAUAGAAGUAACCGAAGUGAAUGUUCACGAUUGUCGAAGUAAUGAGGUUGUUCAUAUACCUACUGGCAAAAUUUGUGAAUUUUGUGCUUAGCACUAAUAAUAACUGUUCUAUACCAAAAUAGAUAAUAAAUAAUUUUGAUUAUUU